AUGCGGUCGCCGCAUAUAAGUUUAAUACUCGUAUUAGGGGUGAUUAUAGCUUCGGCUAUAGAAACAAGGAAACCAAAUAUAGUGUUCAUUGUGGCUGAUGAUUUGGGUUGGGAUGAUGUGAGUUUCCACGGCUCAGAUCAAAUAUUGACACCUAAUAUUGAUGUAUUAGCUUACCAGGGGGUAGUUCUAAACCAGUAUUAUACCGACUCUGAAGGAACAGCGUCACGAUCAGCAUUGUUUACAGGAAAAUAUCCUUCGCGUAUUGGAAUGCAAGGAGUAUCCAUAAAGGCUUCUGAAGAUAGAGGCAUUUCAAUAUCAGAGCGUUUGUUACCGGCACACUUACGUGAAUUAGGGUAUAAGACACAUUUAAUAGGAAAGUGGGGUGUCGGAAAAUCUAGAGCAUGCUAUCUCCCGACCAACAGAGGCUUCGACAGUUCCUAUGGCUUCUCAAGUGACGCUGUGGAUUAUCUCACUUACAACACUAUAGAGGAAUUAAACGAUACAUCGUUCUUUGGUUUGGACUUAUUUGAUAACUUAGAUGUUGUUGAUGAUAAGAGUGGACAUCUGACUGAUAUUAUCACUAAUAAAGCAAUUGAUAUUAUAAGAAAUCAUGAUACAAAAGAGCCGUUAUACUUGCAUGUGAGCCAUGCUGCGCCUCAUAUUGGGGGAGCAUUGGUUACGUUGCAACCGCCUUUGGAAUCUGUGGAGGCAAACAAACAUAUCUCACAUUCUGCUAGAAGAUUAUACGCAGGAUUAGUUACAAGUUUAGACAACAGUGUCGGUCAUAUCAUAGCAACUCUCGCUGAAAGAGAUAUUCUUCAAAACACAAUAGUCGUUUUCGUUUCUGACAACGGUGCACCAGCUGUGGGAGCAGCUAAAAAUUUCGGGUCCAAUUUUCCGUUUCGUGGUACCAAAGGAUCGCCAUGGGAAGGAGGAGUGCGUACCAUAGGAUUAGUAUGGUAUGCUACUAUGGCACUAAGAAUUCAUAAUAGUAUUUUUCAUGUAACUGAUUGGCUACCGACUUUAGUUACUGCUGCAGGAGGAAAUAUAAAUCAUAAAAUUGACGGUAUCAACCAAUGGGCUGUGUUAAUGAAUAAUGAAACACCUCAAAGAAACGAAGCGUUGAUAACAAUUGACGAUUUAAAUGGUUGGGCAGCAUUCAGAGAAGCUAAAGGUUGUCUGUAUGAAAUCAGUGUGGAUCCUACGGAAAUUAACGACUUAUGGUAUACAUUACCAGAUGUCGUAAGACGCAUGUCUUUGCGAUUGAGAUCUUUCUGGACUGAGUCGAAGGCUCGUCGGCGGCCACAAUCGGAUCCGAGAGCGGAUCCGUCCCUCCGGAAUUAUGUGUGGUUUCCGUGGGUCAACGAUGAACAAUCCAAUCUCGAACCACCGCCGGUUCCAAUGUUUCCGUUACAAGUUUCUUUAGGAGAAAUGCAGUACCUUGUAGAUCUUAACUUUAAUCUGCUUAAAGAUAAACUUAAUACGUACAUUGGAAAUGUAAAGGAAUCCAUUACUGAAAGUGUUGGUAAAUUGUUUUAUACUUAG